CUUUGGGGCAGGGUGGGGCAGGGGCUGGCAGGGGCGAAGACUCGGGCUCCCUGCACUCCCUGGGGCUGCACAGCAAGGGCCUGCUGCCCACCUUCAGGCUGUGCAGCCAUGGUCUGGGUGCUCUGACCCCACGGGAGCCCAUGGGGAGCCCCAGGUUGGCAGCUCCACUCCUGCUUCUCCUCCUGCUGUUCAUUGGGCUCUCUGCCUCCGCCAGGAUUGGCUGCCCCUACCUGCCCCGCUGGAGCACCCGCUGUCUGCUGGCCUCCCACAUGGAAGACACUUUCACUGGUGAGUCUGCUCGUAUUCCUUGCCAUACCCAGCUGGCCCUUGCUGUGUCCACAAGGCCUCAGUGUGCUCAGCUCUGGCUCUGCCACUAUUUGUGCCUGCAUCUGGUGUCAGAUCCUCCAGGCCUCCAGGGGGGCUGUUUCCACCUCCUGGUGCAGAAAUACAAAAAGUCAUGUAAGUUCCGGUUCUGUAGGAGACACAAGAUGCCAGCAUCUGCUCAGAAGAAGCUGCUGAGUGGCUGUUGCCUGUCUGGGAAGGGUCAUCACAUCGCUGUCCCCUCCCCAGACAUCUCUCACAAGGGGUUGCGCACUAAAAGGACCCAACCUUCAGAUCCGAAGGCAUUGGAAGGUCUCCCCAGACCCAGCUCACAAAGGCAUGAAGGGCCUGAGUUCUCCUUUGAUUUGCUGCCUGAGGCACGGGCUAUUCAAGUAACCAUCCCUCCGGGACCUGAGGUCAGCGUGCGUCUUUGUCACCAGUGGGUACUAGAAUGUGAGGAGCUGAGCAGUCCCUUCGACACGCAGAAAAUUGUGUCUGGAGGCCACACUGUAGACCUGCCUUAUGAAUUUUUUCUGCCCUGUCUGUGCAUAGAGGUAUCCUACCUGCAAGAGGACACCGUGAGGCGCAAAAAAUGUCCCUUCCAGAACUGGCCUGAAGCCUAUGGUUCGGACUUCUGGAAGUCAGUGCACUUUACUGACUACAGCCAGCACAGUCAGAUGGUCAUGGCCCUGACCCUCCGCUGCCCACUGAAGCUGGAGGCCUCCCUCUGCCAGAAGUGGGGCUGGAAUACCCUCUGUGAAGACCUCCCCAAUGCCACGGCUCGGGAGUCAGAGGGGUGGUAUGUCUUGGAGGGAAUAGACCUGCAUCCCCAGCUUUGCUUCAAGUUCUCAUUUGGAAAUAGCAGCCAUAUUGAAUGCCCCCACCAGACGGGUGAGCUGAUAAGUGACCCUGGCUGGGACGCCCUUCCACCACUGAACCCUCACCCAACUGGGACUAAACCAGGCUCAAGCCCUGUUCUGACUUCUCUGGCAACCACAACCCAACUCCUAUCGCCUCCUGCAAACAGAAUGUCUCCCAUGAUACCCUUUCCCACCCUGGCAGCCCCAUCCUGGAAUGUGAGCAUGGAUACCCAGGCCCAGCAGCUGGUCCUUCACUUCUCCUCAAGGAUACACGCCACCUUCAGUGCUGCCUGGAGCCACCCAAGCUUGGGGCAGGACAGCUUGGUGGCCCCUGUGUACAGCAUCAGCCAGACUCAGGGCUCAAGCCCAGUGACACUAGAGCUCAUCAUUCCCUUCCUGAAGCCAGGGAGCUGUGUCCUGGUGUGGAGGUCAGAUGUUCAGUUUUCCUGGAAGCACCUCUUGUGUCCAGAUGUCUCUCAUAGACACCUGGGGCUCUUGAUACUGGCACUGCUGGCCCUCAUCACCCUAUUGGGCAUUGUUCUGGUCUUCACCCGCCGGCGUCCACUGUCAGGCCCUGGCCGAGCGCGGCCGGUGUUGCUCCUGCACGUGGCCGACUCCGAGGCGCAGCGACGCCUGGUGGGAGCGCUGGCUGAACUGCUGCGGGCAUCGCUGGGCGGCGGGCGCGACGUGAUCGUGGACCUGUGGGAGGGGACGCGCGUGGCGCGCGUGGGCCCGCUGCCGUGGCUGUGGGCGGCACGCGCGCGCGUUGCGCAGGAGCGGGGCACCGUGCUGCUUCUGUGGAGCAGUGCGGGCCCCAGUCCAGCCCAAGGCCGGGAUCCCCACUCCGCACCCCUGCGCGCCCUGCUCCGCGCCGCCCCGCGCCCGCUGCUGCUGCUUGCUUACUUCAGUCGCCUCUGUGCCAAGGGUGACAUUCCCCCGCCCCUGCGCGACCUGCCACGCUACCGCCUCCUGCGCGACCUGCCACGCCUGCUGCGGGCUCUAGACGCUCAGCCUUCCACCGAAGCCGCCAGCGGAGGCUGCCUCGGGAAUCGGCGGUGCCUGCGGGGUCGCCUGGAGCUGUGCCACCGGCUGGAACUCGAGGCCGCCAAAUUUUGCCCACCGAGGCUGAGCAGAGACAGGCGUAGGGGUACUGGCUGGAACCCCUGAAUGAGCCUUUUACCCUAAAAUCCUUGGGGUGCUUCCUCAGGACUACUGGCCAAAAAUUCUUACUGCUCUGUUUGCUGGCCUGGGAGUACAGCACCUCCCUCUCUGUCCCACCCCCUUCCUUAAGCGUCUGGCUUCUUCCUGGUAUUUACCCUUUAGGAACCAGCAGGGAGAGUCGCUGUUUAAUGAGGGCUCUAGUGACCCCAGUUCUGUUGCAGGUGGGGAACUCCUCACACUUCUUUUCUUCAAAAUUGCAGAAAGAGCAGUCUGCACAUGCUCCAGUCCAGGCUGGAGAGGUGUGGGACAGAAGUAGAGGAGGCAGGAGCCAUGCCAAUUCUGAGCGAGGGGUAACUCUAUUGCGGGGGUGGGGGGAGUGGAGAAAAACCCUUUGUGAGGCAGGGAUACUGCUUUCCCAGAAGUGAGCACUGCCCAGAGGAUGGA